UAUGAAUUAGUAAUUACAUUGGUGUGUGCGUGCUCAGACUCUGAACAUGGUCACGCCCACGCUGCGGGUGGAGGACUGCAGCAUCGCUCUUUUGCCUAGAAACCACGAGAAGAACCGCUGCAUGGACGUGUUGCCUCCGGACCGCUGCCUGCCGUUCCUCAUCACCAUCGACGGAGAGAGCUCCAACUACAUCAACGCUGCGCUGAUGGACAGCUACAAGCAGCCGUCAGCGUUUAUCGUUACCCAGCAUCCUUUGCCCAACACAGUGAAGGACUUCUGGCGUCUGGUCCUGGACUACCACUGUACGUCUAUCGUCAUGCUGAACGACGUCGACCCUGCACAGCUGUGUCCUCAGUACUGGCCGGAGAACGGCCUCCAUCGCCUCGGCUCGUUGCAGGUGGAGUUUGUCUCCGCAGAUCUGGAAGAGGACGUCAUCAGCCGAAUUUUCAGGAUCUACAACACAGCAAGGGUGCGUUUCUUUUACUCUCUGUUACCUCCCUUUAUGGUUGAUGUUACUUUGACUACUACCACCUAA